GCACCUAUAUCUCAACGUACCGCGAUUGGGUGUAUACGAUAUUCGUUGUCAAGGCGCUGUACUGCCGCUACUGUCGUCGCUUUCAGUCAACGUGUUGGACGUGCACAAGUCCAUCGUCUGUUGAAGCACUAUCGUGGAAAAUAUCAAUCUUACACCAUGAUUCCUUUAAUGGAGAAUAAAAUGAAGUGGGAUAGAUCAAAGAAAAAGAAGUUUCCUGACAUUGAAAUUGAAAUGAGUAACACCCACUAUAACGGUCACGAUGAAAAAAUAAUGAAAGAAGAAACGCCCAUACAAAUGAUUCCAUUGUGGUCUAAACAGAACGCUGAUUUGGCUUCACCAAAUCUUGGAGUUAAGGAACAUAGUUUUAUUAUACAAAGUGGGGACUCUGGAAUCGAAUCUGUGCAGGCAAGUCCAGCUCAAAGGAUGAAUAAACCCUGCAGUUCAUCCACAAUUGAAAUGUAUGACAUUCCAGGCCCAUCGACAUCAAGACGAUUUAGUUCUGUAUAUUUGCAUCCCGAUCGUGCCCGUUUUAAUUAUCCUAGUCCGGUAGCUUCAUCUUCUCGAGAUCACAAUGGAAUGGAGGUCAUCGACUUUUCGAUCAUGGACGGUGGCGGAAACCUGUCGGCUGCGUCGUCGGACGCGUCAUCGCUGAGCGUGCCCGGAUCAGGCGGACCCGGUGGCCACCGUUACAGCGUACCGUGGGGCAGGCGCAGGAGUUCCACGUGGACGGGCCGGUACUCGGACGCCACGGAACCGGAAUUCGCAGACCUGCAGCGGAUGGCCACCAGGGGCAGUGUGGGCAUGCACAGCCUAUCGGACUCGCUUCACAAGCUGACGUUCACGCAGAGCCUGGCGUUCCCGGAGCUGGCGCGCAAGCUGGCCAACAGGCGGCGACAGGAACAACUGCGGGCCGCCAUAAACGACAACAGCCAGGACGACUUCGAAGCGUGUUCCAAGUUCGUCGCCGUGGCCGGCGGGUUCCUGCUCAGCCUCAUGGUGUACUGCGUGGUGAACAAGUACGGUAAAGCAUAAGGGUCGCCGCCCCGUGUCCAGGACACGGGGCUUAGCGCGGUAUCUGAAAACCAGACCGUGGCUAUUAUUGCAGCGAUGAACGCCACCACCGCUGCGACCCGAUAUGCUGACGUUAUUGCUUCGGCGACGCAAAUCUAUGCGAGCGGGCCGCCGCCGGUGCCGGGACUGCAUGUCGCCUCCAAUGACGGCAGUGCAUCAGGCGGCGGACGGGGUCGCUCGCUGUGGAAUUAUAUUAUCCCGACGGAUGUCACCACUAACAAAAGCCGUAAAGGUGACCGUGGAAACGACCAAAACGGAAGUCCGGGCAAAGACCGCGGCAAAGGUCCAUACAACCACCGCGGAAGGAGAGACUUAGGCGGACGUCCGGACGACAAUCGUGGAAGAAGCGGCCUAGGCGGAGGUCCGGACGACGACAAUCGUGGUAGAAGCGACCGAGGCGGCAGACCGGAUGGCGACCACGGAGGUGAUCGAGGAGGCAGUUCGGACGACGACCAUGGAGGAGGCAUUUCGGUCGACGACCACGGAGGAGGUGACCGAGGAGGCAAUUUGGACGACGACUACGGAAGAGGUGACAGAGGAGGAAGUCCGAAUAAUGACCGCGGAAACGACCAAGGCAGCGAUGCCAAUGAUAACAGACGAAUAUACGUAUGGCGUAUUAAUAACUACCCGUAAAUCAUGCUAUGGCCCACACGAUGUUAUUUAUACUAUUAGAUGAUAAUAAUAAUAAUAAUAAUAACGAAUACUAAACUAUAUACAUAUAUAUAUAUCGUUCAUAUUUAAUCAAUUAUCAUAAUAUUGCAUAAUAUUUAGUUGGAAUAUUAGUAAAUCGUUUUUAACGUAUAAAAUAAAAUAUUUAUACAGCUAUAUCAUAAAACGUAUAUCAAUGCAUACCUACUCAUAUAUAACUUAAACUUACAACUAAAUAUAGUUGGUAAUUAUUAAUUAUUGAUUAAUAUUUAAUAUUACGUUGCUUAAUAUUUGUCUACCUUUAUCAUACUAUUAUAUAUAUAAGUGAACGAGUGGGAUCUUAAGUUACGAUAAUUGAAAUGGAUAUACUCUCUGAAGUCGUCUUUUUAGACAAGAUACUCGUACUUAUUAUAGAAUAAUUCUCGUUUAUUUUAGGAUACACGACGAAUGAAAGUUAAAUUAAUCUGAAUGAUUAAGCGUGUAAGGUUAAUGUUUAUUGAUUAUUUAUUUUAAUUAUAACGGGAAAUAUAUUCUUUUAUUAUUAUUAUUAUUCUGAACUACUUAUUAUGAUUUUUCAAAGAAAUUUUAAAACGUUUUUGAGACAUUGAAUUGCAUUGAUAAGAAAAGUUUACGUAGGUAGUUAAAAAUUAAAAACAAUUAUUAAUUUACAUUUACUUAUUUUUAAGAAUCUAAUUUAAGUUUUUUAAAUAUUAUAUUGUGUAUUUUAAAUAAUGAAAGGUAUCCGAAUAUUGUUUCUGGAACAUUGCAUAAAUAAACACGUACGACAUGGCUGAACUUUUAUUGCGUUAACAGCGAGUACAUUUUAUAUUAUUGUAAUUAUUGAUAGAACGAGUAAUUAUUUUAUAUAUAUACUAAUAAUUUGUAAGAUUCUCGGUGAGAUAAAACUGAAUUUGUGUAAUUUAUUAAAUUAACUUCCUACGUAUACUUAUUUUAUUUUAAACUUUCCAUUACGAUAAUAAUAUAUUAUUAGACAAGUUAAUUAAUGUAAUAAACUAAUUUUAAGUUCAACAUUGAAUUUAUGUAACUACCCUAUCCAUCUCAGAUAUUAUGAUAAUAUAUUAUCUAGAAGAUUAUUAAGACUUUCCAGGUUCCUUUAUAUAUUAUAUAAUAUCAUUAUGUAGUAACCGCGAUUCACUACUCUUAACUUAUUAUUUGGUUCACACGAUGUAGGAGAUAGAAAUUAAGUUUUUGAAUGUUAGAAUUAAGUGCUCAUAUUAUGAAAAUACGUGUUUUCUUCCCGUGCAAAUAAUUUUGCAUUACCAUUCACUGUAAGUCUUUAUAUGUAUGUUAUGAUAUUAUAUGAAUAAAUUCAUGUAACUUUAAAUAAUAAUAUAAUGUAAUAUGUUUAUCUCUAAAUGUAAUAUGAAUGGAUUAUCAAUAAUAUUAUUAUCUUUCAAUUAAAAAAAUAUCCAAAAUAAAA